AUAUUAAGGGAGAAGCUAUCUAGGGAUAUAUGGGCAAGAUGGGAGUAGUUGCUCUGAUGCUAGUUUGCAUACUUGUUGGUGCCUCCGCCGCCGUGCCGGUGGUGUCCGGGGUGGCUUUCGGGCCGGGCGGGGUGGAUCAGUGGUUUGAAAAGCUUCCAAAAGCGAAACCAAAGAUAACCAAACUGCACUUCUACUACCACGACAUCGUCACCGGAAACAAGCCAACAGCGUACCAAAUUGCUGAGUCGAAUUUCACCGGCAAGUCCACCACCCGGUUCGGAGCCCUCUCCGUAAUGGACGAUUUGCUGACUGAGACCCCAGAUCCUCGUUCGAAGGUGGUCGGCCGAGGUCAGGGAACCUAUGGGUUCACUGGAGUCGACGAGGUUAGCCUUCUCAUGGUUCUUAACUUUUUUUUCACGGGCGGCGGAGAGUUUAACGGUAGCACUCUUAGCAUUCUCGGCCGGAACGCCUACUACAAUGAAUACCGUGAGAUGCCCAUCGUCGGGGGCACUGGCGUUUUCCGGCUGGCAAGUGGCAUCGCCACCGCGCAGACUAAUUAUUUCAAUCUCACGUCAGAUAAUGCCAUUGUUGAGUACAAUCUCGUGGUGUUGCAUUAUGAUUUUGAAUAGUGUAAUCUGUGUUGCAUCACUUGCUUUCUAAUUUCCCAAUAACUUCAAUUCCUAUAUUUAUAUAACGACUUAUGCUUUCUAAUUUCCCAAUAACUUUAAUUCCGUGGG